GCUAGCUUAUUAUUCAGAAGAAAGAUAUUGAAGGUUUGUGAAAAUGGCGCAGCAAAGCAAAGAGCCCUGCAAGAAGGAGGCUUGCGACAUUCAAGCUUGUCUCUCGAAGAACAACUUUCUCCCGCAAAAGUGCCUUAAAGUAAUUAAAUUGCUGGACUCCUGCUGCUCAAGAUGUGAUUAUAAUUCAACUCACUGUGCUUCGCUCUCUGGACUAUUGAAGCAAAAUUCCAAGUAA